AUGAAGUUGCCUCUGGGAUAUGUUGUUAAGGGGGAGAACAAAGUGUGUAAGCUUACUAAAUCUUUGUAUGGCCUCAAGCAGGCUUCACGGCAAUGGUUUGCCAAAUUUUCAUCCACUUUGAUCAAUCAUGCUAGUAAUGAUGUUGAUGCUAUUACUCAACUCAUUUCAUUUUUGAACAACCAGUUUAAACUCAAGGAUCUUGGUGAUCUGAAAUUUUUUCUUGGUUUGGAUGUUGCUCGAACUUCAAAGGGUAUUUCUCUUUGUCAAAGAAAAUACACUUUAGAAAUUCUGGAGGAUACUGGUUUACUUGCUGCUAAACCCUCAAAAUUUCCCAUGAAAUCUAACCUGAAAUUAUCUACUUCUAAUAGUGAUCUACUUGCUGAUCCUGCUAGCUAUAGAAGACUAGUUGGAAGACUUCUUUAUCUCAUCAUUACUCGCCCGGAUAUAUCUUAUUCAGCGCAGAUUCUAAGCCAAUUUAUGGCUAAUCCACGGCAACCUCACAUGGAUGCAGCCACUCGAGUCCUUAGAUACUUAAAAUCUUCUCCUGGCCAAUGUCUUUUUUAUUCAUCUUCAUCAGUUUCACAUCUUAAAGCAUUUUUUUAUUCUGAUUGGGCCGACUGCCCGGACACUAGAAGAUCCAUUACUGGAUAUUGUGUUUUCUUGGGGGAUUCUUUGAUUUCAUGGAAAUCAAAGAAGCAACACACUGUUUCUCGUUCGUCUGCAGAAGCUGAAUAUCGAUCAAUGACAGCAACAACCUGUGAAAUUACUUGGUUGCUGAGUUUACUAUUCGAUCUGCAAGUUUGUCAUCCACAACCAGCUUUGUUAUUCUGUGAUAGUCAGGCGGCUCUUCACAUUGCUGCAAAUCCAGUCUUCCACGAGAGAACUAAACACAUUGAGAUAGAUUGCCAUUUGGUCCGAGACAAGAUUCAGGAAAAUGUCAUUCGAACUCUUCAUGUGAAGUCUCUUCAUCAACUUGCUGAUUUGUUCACUAAAGCUUUUGGUUCCAAUCUUUUUACUCAUCUAUUGUCCAAGAUGAACACCAUUAAUAUUUUUGCUUCAUCUUGA